UGAUUUGAACAAGAACCAAGAGUGACAAACAUACAAGCUGCGAGAAGAAGCAGAUGGUGGAGGUUUUCUCAUCCGUGUGAUGUAAAAGAAGUGCUAUGCGCUAGUUUUAUGGCAGUGGAAGGUCUACCACUAGUACCCAUCCCAGAAGAGAAAUGGCACGCAAGUUGCAGCUGGUUCUGAUGGUGUUCAUGGUGUUGUCCAUCGUCGUCAUCUUCAAUGAAUACUUUAUUUAUUACAUUGCUUUGUGGAGCUGUAGCUUCCCAAGUAUCGUAGAUCCAUCCGAUGAGAAUAUUGUCAAGGCAAUAGUCCUUGCUGAUCCUCACCUGCUCGGGGAGAGGCGAGGCGCGUGGAUCGACCGACUGCGACGAGAAUGGCAGAUGGAACGAACGUUUCAAACUGCAAUGAGCUUGCUGGAGCCAGAUGUUGUAUUCAUUGUGGGUGACGUGAUGGAUGAAGGAUUCGAAGCAUCCGAAGAGGACUUCAAGUUUGCAUUCGAGCGCUAUAGUCGGAUAUUCCGGCGGCCCGGAGACACACCACUGCUGCUUGUCGCUGGGAAUCAUGAUAUCGGGUUUCAUUAUUCUGUGACAGAAUCCAAUGUGCAACGAUUUGAGGAAGCAUUCAAGACAUCAUCGGUGAAAGUCGUUUCCAUUCGCAAUAUUCCGUUUGUGCUUCUGAACUCGGUUGGCCUAACCUCGGACGGCUGUUGGCUUUGUAGCGCCAUGGACGCCAAGCUGAAAGAGUCUGCAUUGGCGCUGCGACGCUGCUCACCUGACGUACCAAGCGAGGCGUGCAUACAGCAGCCCGUGCCAGGGAUACGUCCCAUACUGCUGCAGCACUACCCACUGUACCGGUCGUCAGACCUGCUUUGCCAUGGUGAUGACCUUGCUCCCAACAUUGGCAAUCAGCAGGAGUUCCGCGAGUCCUGGGAGGUGAUCUCAAAGGAGGCUACCGAAACGGUGCUGUCCUACUUUCAACCACGCUUGGCCUUCUCUGGACACACUCACCAUGGCUGUAACAUCAUGCAUCAUCUUGGCACGCCAUUCCCCACGGAGGAGCAGACGAUAGCGUCGUUCAGCUGGCGAAACAGAAACGAUCCGAACUUUAUUCUGCUGACGGCCUCGACAAAGGACUACAGCCUGGACAAGUGCUCACCGCCGUCGGAGAGCCUGGUUCUGGCCUCGUACCUGUUGACCAUACUGGCCACCGUGGCGUUCCUAGCCUGGCCGCAGUGCUCGCGACGGUGGUACGGCUCUCGGCGCGUCGGCGAUGCCUGGGCACAGCCGCAGUGGUCCGACUACAAUUUCCACUGGAAGAACCGCAAGGGCACGUGACACGACAGCGUGCGUUCGAUGCUGCUGCUGCGCCUGCGCCCGUGCUGUUCGUCUGCAUACAAACUGCAUUGACUUUGCUACAGCGGGGUCUGUCCAAGUGUGCUACUGCGUAGCACGAGCUUGCGCCGCGUUCUGCCGGCGGCACGAGUACCCAACCUGACUGCGACGUCCGUCACUAGUGUUGCUACACACAGUGUACCGUGUCAUGCUGUGCUGCUAACGUACUACUUUGGAGUAGUAGCUGUCUGCACGGGUACAUUUACCCGAUUCCUAGCCAACACGCGCGACAGCGGCAUUGAUGAACGCUACAGCGCCGUGCGGGCUUUAAAACACCAGUGUGGCUAGUCCAUGGAGUCCUGUGCAAUCAUAAGACUGCCUUGCCUAUCGGUCAGACUGCCUUGCCUAUCGGUCAGACUCGCACAUGAAAGCGUUCGUAUUUAUACGCUUUAUAUAUUCGUGUUUCCGCUUUGACCAGCUGCUGUCCGUGCUGAGCUCAACCAAGUCCACUGUACCUGCCACCUUUUUAGGAAAGAAGGUCGCGUAUUCACCGACCGACGUGUUCACAAGUACUUCAAGUAUUAUGUUUAAUAAAUUGUCUAUACCGUCUGAAUUCUGGUUUAUAGCCUUUUGGCAAACAUUGCAUUUUUUUAAACUUCCCGAUCAAUAAUUUCGUAGGCCCUAAUCCGCUGGUCCGGUUAGCCACUCAUUACUAGGCUGCUCCACUCUGUCAUUUCUAGGAUUUCUAGGAGAUGGUGAUCCGCAUGUUCAAUGUCUCUUCUCUGUCACUGGAGUAAGUGUCAGGCCUAUUCUAGUUUCCAUUCAGACUCGCUUGUAACAAGCUUGUUAUUCAUUUUUCUAUUCAGCAUAUUGCGGUUCCGUGUUAUUUAUGCGGUUUGCUGCUGGUGCGCUCUAUUUCACUGGUUGAAAUGUUACUAAACGUUUUCAAAACGUGCACACUU